AACACUAGCAGGAAAUCUCUCUCUCGCAAGCCUUGUGCAGGGUUUCACAUUCGAUUCGGUUUCUUGUUCCGCGGUAUGUGGAACAACGGCCAGAUUGCGCCGCCUGGCACCGGUGGUUCGUCGAUUCCGCCACCGCCGGCUGCCCAGCCAUCUUACACGGUAUUGCCUUCUCCAGCUGAUGCCGAGGCGAAGCUUGAGGAGAAGGCCCGGAAAUGGCAGCAACUAAAUUCCAAGCGGUAUAGCGAUAAGCGCAAGUUCGGGUUCGUCGAGUCGCAGAAGGAGGAUAUGCCUCCUGAACAUGUCAGGAAGAUCAUUAGAGACCAUGGGGACAUGUCCUCAAAGAAAUUUCGUCAUGAUAAACGAGUGUAUCUCGGAGCGCUUAAGUUUGUCCCCCAUGCAGUUUACAAGCUCCUUGAGAAUAUGCCAAUGCCAUGGGAGCAGGUCCGGGAUGUGAAGGUUUUGUACCAUAUAACUGGGGCAAUUACAUUUGUAAAUGAAAUACCAUGGGUUGUUGAACCCAUCUAUUUGGCUCAGUGGGGUACGAUGUGGAUUAUGAUGAGAAGGGAGAAGAGGGAUCGUCGGCAUUUCAAAAGAAUGCGGUUUCCACCAUUUGAUGACGAGGAACCUCCAUUAGACUAUGCUGAUAAUCUGUUAGAUGUUGAUCCUCUAGAGCCAAUUCAAUUGGAGUUGGAUGAAGAAGAAGAUUCUGCUGUGUAUACAUGGUUUUAUGACCAUAAACCUCUUGUCAAAACAAAGCUCAUUAACGGUCCAAGUUAUAGGAAGUGGCAUCUGUCGCUUCCGAUCAUGGCAACUCUUCAUCGACUAGCAGGACAGCUGCUUUCUGAUCUUAUUGACCGCAAUUAUUUCUACCUGUUUGACAUGGAGUCUUUUUUUACAGCCAAAGCACUCAACAUGUGCAUUCCAGGUGGACCUAAAUUUGAACCAUUGUAUCGGGAUAUGGAGAAAGGGGAUGAGGACUGGAAUGAAUUUAAUGACAUCAACAAACUCAUUAUUCGGUCACCUCUUAGAACAGAGUACAGAAUUGCAUUCCCUCAUCUCUACAACAAUAGACCAAGGAAGGUCAAGCUCUGUGUUUAUCACACACCCAUGGUGAUGUACAUAAAGACCGAGGAUCCUGAUCUACCUGCGUUUUAUUAUGAUCCAUUGAUACACCCAAUACCCAGCACUAACAAGGAGCGGCGUGAGAAGAAAACUUCUGAUGAGGAGGAAGAUGAUAUCUUUACGUUGCCGGAUGUUGUGGAACCUUUUCUGAAAGAUACUCAGCUUUAUACUGACACAACAGCUGCCGGAAUCUCCCUUUUGUUUGCCCCGCACCCUUUUAACAUGAGAUCUGGUCGGACUCGUCGUGCAGAAGAUAUACCCCUUGUGUCCGAGUGGUAUAAGGAACAUUGUCCUCCUUCAUAUCCAGUUAAAGUUCGAGUCAGCUAUCAGAAGUUGCUGAAAUGUUUUGUAUUGAAUGAGCUGCAUCACAGACCACCCAAAGCUCAAAAGAAGAAACAUUUGUUUCGAUCUCUCCAAGCUACCAAGUUUUUCCAAACUACAGAACUUGAUUGGGCUGAAGCGGGUCUUCAAGUCUGUAAGCAGGGUUAUAACAUGCUGAAUCUCUUGAUCCACAGGAAAAAUUUGAAUUACCUUCACCUUGAUUACAAUUUUAAUCUGAAGCCUGUGAAGACCCUGACAACAAAGGAGCGUAAGAAAUCUCGGUUUGGUAAUGCUUUUCAUCUGUGCCGUGAAAUCUUGCGGUUGACAAAGCUUGUAGUUGAUGCCAAUAUCCAAUUUCGUUUGGGUAAUGUUGAUGCCUUUCAAUUGGCUGAUGGCUUACAAUACACGUUUUCUCAUGUUGGUCAGUUGACUGGAAUGUACCGUUACAAGUACAGGUUGAUGAGGCAGAUUAGAAUGUGCAAAGAUUUGAAGCACUUGAUUUACUACCGGUUCAAUACUGGGCCAGUGGGAAAAGGACCGGGAUGUGGGUUCUGGGCACCAAUGUGGAGGGUGUGGUUGUUUUUCCUUCGUGGCAUAGUUCCUCUUCUGGAACGGUGGCUGGGGAAUUUACUAGCACGUCAAUUUGAGGGGCGCCAUUCAAAAGGAGUGGCAAAGACUGUUACUAAGCAGCGUGUUGAAAGCCAUUUUGACUUGGAGCUUCGAGCUGCUGUGAUGCAUGAUGUUCUUGAUGCCAUGCCUGAGGGUAUCAAGCAAAAUAAGGCCAGAACUAUCUUGCAACAUCUCAGUGAGGCAUGGCGUUGCUGGAAAGCAAACAUUCCUUGGAAGGUUCCUGGUUUGCCAGUUCCCAUUGAAAAUAUGAUUCUUCGUUAUGUCAAAUCAAAGGCAGACUGGUGGACAAAUGUUGCUCAUUAUAAUCGUGAACGUAUAAGAAGAGGUGCUACUGUUGAUAAGACAGUUUGUCGAAAGAAUCUUGGAAGAUUAACUCGUCUCUGGCUAAAGGCGGAGCAGGAACGACAACACAAUUAUUUGAAAGAUGGUCCAUAUGUCACACCAGAAGAGGCAGUCGCAAUUUACACGACAACUGUGCACUGGUUGGAGUCAAGGAAGUUUACACCCAUUCCGUUCCCUCCAUUGUCGUACAAGCAUGAUACCAAGCUUCUGAUCCUUGCUUUGGAGAGGUUGAAGGAGUCUUAUAGUGUGGCUGUAAGAUUGAACCAACUUCAAAGAGAAGAGCUGGGUCUCAUUGAACAAGCCUAUGAUAAUCCUCAUGAGGCAUUGUCACGAAUUAAGCGUCACUUGCUCACUCAGCGUGCAUUCAAAGAAGUUGGCAUAGAGUUCAUGGACUUGUAUAGCUAUCUGAUUCCAGUUUAUGAGAUAGAACCUCUUGAGAAGAUUACAGAUGCAUAUCUUGAUCAAUAUUUAUGGUAUGAGGGUGACAAACGUCAUCUCUUUCCCAACUGGAUCAAGCCUGCAGAUUCAGAGCCACCUCCACUCUUGGUUUAUAAGUGGUGUCAGGGAAUCAAUAAUUUGCAGAGCAUAUGGGAUACAAGUGAGGGGCAAUGUGUGGUGAUGCUUCAAACAAAGUUUGAGAAGUUCUUUGAGAAGAUCGACUUGACAAUGCUAAAUAGGCUCCUGCGGCUUGUUCUUGACCAUAAUAUUGCUGAUUAUGUCACUGCAAAGAACAAUGUGGUGUUGUCCUACAAAGAUAUGAGUCAUACAAAUUCGUAUGGUCUCAUACGUGGUCUUCAGUUUGCAUCUUUUGUAGUACAAUAUUAUGGGCUUGUGUUGGAUCUGUUACUUCUUGGGCUGACUCGGGCCAGUGAGAUUGCCGGUCCACCCCAAAUGCCAAAUGAGUUCAUCACUUAUUGGGAUACAAAGGUUGAGACUCGGCAUCCUAUCAGGCUGUAUUCUAGAUACAUAGACAGGGUGCAUAUCUUGUUCCGCUUCACCCACGAGGAGGCUAGGGACCUUAUUCAGCGAUAUCUUACUGAGCAUCCGGACCCCAAUAAUGAAAAUAUGGUUGGAUACAAUAAUAAGAAAUGCUGGCCAAGAGAUGCUAGAAUGAGGCUUAUGAAACAUGAUGUCAAUCUUGGGAGGAGUGUUUUUUGGGAUAUGAAGAACCGUCUCCCUCGAAGCAUCACAACUUUGGAGUGGGAGAACAGCUUUGUGUCUGUUUACAGCAAGGAUAAUCCAAAUUUGCUUUUCAGUAUGUCUGGAUUUGAAGUUCGGAUACUUCCGAAGAUAAGAAUGAGUCAAGAAGCAUUUAGUAACACGAGGGAUGGGGUUUGGAAUUUGCAGAAUGAGCAGACAAAGGAGAGGACUGCAGUUGCUUUCUUACGUGUUGAUGAUGAACACAUGAAGGUGUUUGAGAAUCGUGUGAGGCAGAUUCUUAUGUCUUCAGGGUCUACAACGUUUACAAAAAUCGUUAACAAAUGGAAUACAGCGCUUAUUGGUCUAAUGACUUACUUCCGUGAAGCAACUGUUCAUACACAAGAACUGUUGGAUUUGCUCGUCAAAUGUGAAAACAAAAUUCAGACCCGUAUUAAGAUUGGGUUGAAUUCAAAGAUGCCUAGCAGGUUUCCACCUGUCAUAUUUUACACGCCAAAAGAAAUUGGAGGACUUGGCAUGUUAUCUAUGGGUCACAUAUUGAUUCCACAAAGUGACCUCCGUUACAGUCAGCAGACAGAUGUUGGUGUGACUCAUUUUAGGAGUGGAAUGAGUCAUGAAGAGGACCAGCUGAUCCCAAAUCUUUACCGAUACAUACAGCCAUGGGAGAGUGAAUUUAUAGAUUCUCAACGUGUUUGGGCAGAAUAUGCACUGAAAAGGCAGGAAGCUCAGGCACAAAAUAGGCGUCUGACUCUUGAAGAUUUGGAAGAUUCAUGGGAUAGGGGAAUACCACGCAUAAAUACUUUGUUCCAGAAGGACCGGCAUACUUUAGCAUAUGACAAAGGAUGGAGAGUUCGGACAGAUUUUAAGCAGUACCAGGUGUUGAAACAAAAUCCUUUCUGGUGGACACACCAGAGGCAUGAUGGAAAGUUAUGGAACUUAAACAACUACAGAACUGAUGUGAUUCAAGCCCUUGGAGGUGUUGAAGGAAUCCUUGAGCAUACAUUAUUCAAAGGAACAUACUUUCCUACAUGGGAGGGGCUCUUCUGGGAGAAAGCAUCUGGUUUUGAGGAGUCGAUGAAGUAUAAAAAGUUGACCAAUGCACAGAGAUCUGGGCUCAAUCAAAUCCCUAAUCGUAGAUUUACUCUUUGGUGGUCACCUACCAUAAAUCGGGCCAACGUAUAUGUUGGUUUCCAAGUGCAGCUAGAUUUAACUGGAAUAUUUAUGCACGGGAAGAUUCCAACCUUGAAGAUAUCACUGAUUCAGAUAUUCCGUGCUCACUUGUGGCAGAAGAUUCAUGAAAGUGUUGUCAUGGAUCUCUGUCAGGUUUUGGAUCAAGAGUUGGAUGCUUUGGAAAUUGAAACCGUGCAGAAAGAAACGAUACAUCCCAGGAAGAGUUACAAAAUGAACAGCUCUUGUGCUGACAUUCUUCUGUUUGCUGCCCAUCGAUGGCCAAUGUCAAAACCUAGUCUUGUAGCUGAGCCCAAGGAUGUCUUUGACCAGAAAGCGAGCAAUAAGUACUGGAUAGAUGUACAACUGCGUUGGGGAGAUUAUGAUUCUCACGAUAUUGAGCGUUACACCCGAGCGAAGUUUAUGGACUAUACCACUGACAACAUGUCCAUCUAUCCUUCUCCCACGGGGGUGAUGAUUGGUCUUGAUUUGGCCUAUAAUUUGCAUUCUGCAUUUGGUAACUGGUUUCCUGGUUCAAAACCCCUGCUUCAACAGGCAAUGAACAAGAUCAUGAAGUCAAAUCCAGCCUUAUAUGUCCUGAGGGAGCGAAUAAGGAAAGGAUUGCAGCUAUAUUCUUCUGAGCCUACAGAGCCAUAUUUAUCAUCCCAAAACUAUGGGGAGAUCUUCAGCAAUCAAAUUAUUUGGUUUGUUGAUGACACCAAUGUGUAUCGUGUUACAAUCCAUAAGACAUUUGAAGGAAAUCUCACUACAAAACCAAUCAAUGGUGCUAUCUUCAUAUUCAAUCCAAGGACAGGGCAGUUAUUCCUGAAGGUUAUCCACACUAGUGUCUGGGCAGGACAGAAGCGUCUCGGUCAGUUGGCAAAGUGGAAAACUGCAGAAGAAGUUGCUGCACUUGUGCGUUCUUUGCCAGUGGAAGAACAGCCAAAGCAAAUUAUUGUGACUCGUAAGGGAAUGUUGGAUCCCUUAGAGGUUCAUUUGCUCGAUUUCCCCAACAUAGUCAUAAAAGGAAGUGAGCUGCAGCUUCCUUUUCAAGCUUGUUUGAAGAUUGAGAAGUUUGGUGAUCUGAUAUUGAAGGCUACUGAACCACAGAUGGUUCUUUUCAAUAUUUAUGAUGAUUGGUUGAAGAGUAUUUCAUCAUACACUGCAUUCUCUCGGCUAAUUUUGAUUCUUCGUGCUCUUCAUGUGAACAAUGAGAAGGCAAAGAUGUUAUUGAAGCCUGAUAAAACAGUUGUUACCGAGCCACAUCACAUCUGGCCUUCUCUUUCUGAUGAUCAAUGGAUGAAGGUUGAGGUUGCUCUUAGGGAUCUCAUAUUGUCAGACUACGCAAAAAAGAACAAUGUGAAUACAUCAGCCCUAACACAAUCUGAGAUCCGUGACAUUAUACUUGGAGCUGAGAUCACCCCACCUUCGCAACAGAGGCAGCAAAUUGCGGAAAUAGAAAAACAGGCCAAAGAAGCCAGCCAGCUGACAGCAGUCACAACAAGGACUACAAAUGUGCAUGGUGAUGAACUCAUUGUCACCACUACUAGUCCCUAUGAGCAAAGUGCAUUUGGCUCCAAAACUGAUUGGCGUGUGAGAGCAAUAUCAGCUACAAAUCUAUAUCUCCGUGUCAAUCAUAUAUAUGUGAAUUCAGAAGAUAUUAAGGAAACGGGUUACACCUAUAUUAUGCCAAAGAACAUUUUAAAAAAGUUCAUCUGCAUUGCGGAUCUGAGGACGCAAAUAGCUGGUUACUUGUAUGGCAUAAGCCCACCCGAUAACCCUCAGGUCAAGGAAAUCCGCUGCAUUGCAAUGCCACCACAAUGGGGUACCCACCAGCAAGUUCAUCUUCCAUCAGCUCUUCCUGAUCAUGAUUUCCUCAACGAUUUGGAGCCUCUGGGAUGGAUGCACACACAGCCGAAUGAGCUUCCUCAGCUUUCUCCUCAGGAUCUCACUUCUCAUGCUAAGAUUUUAGAGAACACCAAGCAAUGGGAUGGGGAGAAAUGCAUCAUUUUAACCUGCAGUUUCACUCCAGGUUCCUGCUCCUUAACUGCGUACAAGCUUACUCCAUCUGGUUAUGAAUGGGGACGUGUCAAUAAAGACACAGGAAGCAAUCCUCACGGAUACCUUCCCACUCAUUACGAGAAGGUGCAGAUGCUUCUCAGUGACCGCUUCCUUGGUUUCUAUAUGAUUCCGGACACUGGUCCAUGGAACUACAACUUCAUGGGGGUGAAGCAUACGCCGAGCAUGAAGUACGGCAUCAAGCUUGGAACACCCAGGGAGUACUAUCAUGAGGACCACCGGCCGACCCAUUACCUUGAGUUCAGCAACCUGGAGGAGGGUGAUACAGUGGAAGGAGAUCGCGAUGAUACUUUCACAUAAAACUUUUGUUGUCAGAUGUAAUGCAGAGGUGAUACAAGGGUUCUUUCGUAUUCAGAAACCCUUAUUUUUAUUGUAAGAAUCCUUUUGUGGAUGAAAAUGCUUGUGCACCUGUAAAGCUAGCUGGGACGAACGUACGUUUGUGUUUUUUGACGAGGCCUGUAAAUAUUUGAUCAAUGAGAAGAGAGUACUAGUUUUGUUGCUGAAAGAACGUAGAAUGCUCGAAGUGGUAGAAAGUAGACUGCUUGUAGUACAAGUAUUUCUCUUCCAGAUCUUUGAUCCUAUUGUUGAUUGUUCCA